AUGAGUGAGUGCAUCGAUGUUGGCUCUUGCUCCGGGACAGAGAGGGGCGUCACCCCCCCCUUAUUCCGAGGACACCCCUAUGGCCUCGUCGGCGCCCCGCUUAAACUACAGGCUCCUCCCUCCCCCGGCAGCACAGCCGCUCCCCCACCCCAUCCCACACAUCGCCGCCAGCGGAGACGCCCGCACCGGCUCCGGCAGCUGCUGCGGUUGCGGCUCACCGCCGCCCCAGCCCCCCCCCUCCCCCCGCCGGCUCCCGCCGAUCGGGCUCUCCGCACCGCUGCCGCCACCGCUGCCGCCACCGGUACCGGUGCGGCGGCGCGGGGGCGGGCCGGGGGCGGGCCGGGGGCCGCGGCGGGGCCGUCGGGCCCGGCGCGCCGGCUCGGGGGGCCGGGGAGGACCAUGCACCGCGCUGCCUCCAACCAGCGCUCGGUCUCCUCCUCCUCGGGCUCCUUCCAGCCGCCGCCGCCGGCUGCCGCACGCCGCCGACCGGCAGCCCUCUUUCCGGGGGGCUCCAGCAGCGGCUGCAGUCGCCGGGGCUCGGGGUCGAGCUCGGGCUCGGCGCGGGCCCGCCGCCCCGCAGCCCCCGCAGCAGCACUGAGGGAGGAGGAGGAGGACAGCAUCAGCAUCAGCAAGCCCCUGGUGCCACCGCCCGCGCCCGCUGCCCGCCGCCGCCUCGCCGCUCCCCAGCAGCAGCAGGGGCCGGGGCUGGGGCCCGGUGGGGCGGCGGGCGGGCGACGCUGGGGCUACCAGGCGCUGUCCCUGGUGCUGCUGCUGGGACAGGGCGCGCUGCUGGACCUCUACCUGAUCGCUGUCACCGACCUGUACUGGUGCAGCUGGAUCGCCACCGACCUGGUACUGGCGGCUGGAUGGGGCAUCUUCUUCUGCCGCAACAGCCGGGCGAGACGCGGGAGCGGCCCCCACCGCCCCCGGGCCGCCGCCACCCCACCCGCUGCUGCUGCACGGCCCCCCGGCGGACGCGGGGCCGGGGGCCGCGGGACCGGGGGUCCCCCGCGCGGAGGAGACUUCGCCUACGCGCACCUCGCCUGGCUCAUCUAUUCCAUCGCCUUCACGCCCAAGGCGGCGCUGAUCCUGGGCACCUCCAUCCUGGAGUUGAUCGAGCUUCGCCUGCCGCUGGGUACCACCGGCUUCCGCAUCACCCUGGCGCUCUCCGCCCCACUGCUCUACUGCCUGCUGCGGGCCAUUGGCACCGAGAGCUCCGGGCAGCUGCUCCUGCCGCCACAGCCACCGCCCCAGCACCGCGCCGCUGCCGCCUUCCUCGCCACCUGCCUCGAUCUGCUCGACAGCUUCUCCCUGCUGGAGCUGGUGCUGCAGCCCGGGCGGCCGGCGCUGCUGCCCGCUCCGCUGCGCUACCUCCUCAUCGCCGUCUAUUUCCUCUGCCUCGCCUCGCCGGUGCUCUGGCUCUACGAGCUCAGCGCCGCCCGCCCCCCCGGCGCCGCUCGCCUCGCCCUCCACCUCCUGCUGCCCGCCGGGCUGCUGGACGCCCCGCUCCUGGCCCUCCGCUGCCUCCUGCUCCUGCGCUACCAGCAGCCCCUCUCCCUUUUCAUGCUGAAGAACCUCUUCUUCCUGGCCUGCCGCGGCCUGGAGGCGCUGGAGACCUGCUGCCUCCUCCGGCCCGCCGCCGCCCCGCCGCCUGCCAAGUACGGCCCCCCACUGCCGCCCCCGCCCGUCCCGCUGGGUCACGGGCUCUCCGACGCAGACGUGGGUCCCCACGGGUACGUCAACGCUUUGGCGGUCACCGCCCAGGGCUGACCUCUCCCUCCCGGAGGGGCUGCUGCCGCCUCCGGCUCUGCUGUCGGCAGAGUCUCUCUGCCUUUCUGCUCAGGUUCCCGCCGCUGUGGCCGAGCAGGGGACGAGGACGCCAGCUCCCCCGCCGGACUCUCGCUCUCUUCCUUCUUUCCCGCGCACAAGUCCAGUAGAGAAGCUCAGCGCAAACCCGACUGCCCGCGGGAGCCUACGGCUGAUGCUUAUCCCGGAAAAC